GGGAUUGUGAUUUCCAGCAGAGUCACAAUGAGGCGAAGCUCAAGCACUGCUGGAAGCAGCAGUCGACAGUCCAGGAUGGCACGGAGAGUGCCAGAUACCAGCAAGACAGGUCUUCAGGCACCUCAGAUGAGGGACAGAAGCACCUUUGGGAGGCUGAGCACGAGCAAACCUACACCUGGAGCUUCAGAAAGCAGAGUCAGCUGUGCUGGGAGCAGAGUGAGUGGGCUUGGAGGCUCGUGCAGCAGCCAGUGUGGGGUGUUUGGGACAGAAAAGAUCAAGGAUCCCAGGCCCCUUCAUGACAAGGCAUUCAUCCAGCAGUGCAUCAAGAAGCUUUAUGAGUUCCUCAUUGAGAAUGAUUAUCCCCACAAGGCUUCCAUGCAAUCACUACAGUCUCCAUCAGUUAAGGACUUUUUAAAGAUUUUCAUCUUUAUCUAUAAAUUCUUCUGCCCUUCUUAUGAAUUGCCUGGCUCAAAAUUUGAAGAGGAAAUUCCCAAAGUUUUUAAAGACCUUGGGUACCCCUUUCCUCUGUCAAAAAGCUCCAUGUACACUGUGGGUGCACCCCACACCUGGCCUCAGAUUGUGGCAGCUUUGGAUUGGUUAAUUGAAUGUGUCAAGCUGUACAAUGCACUGAGGGAAGAUGCUCCAGCAUUCGAUGCCAGACCAGGCUGGGGAGGAGAGACUGAUGGUGGAAUUGUACAUCAUGAGCUUUUCUUGGACUACUGUUUGAAGUGCUAUGAUCUUUUCAUGAAAGGGAGAGAUACCUUUGAGGAGGUGGAUGCUGAAGUGCAGUCAAAAUUAAAGGAUUUAUUUAAUGUAGAUGAAGUCCAGCUGGAAAGUUUAGCAGCUGAAAACAAAAGACUUCAAGAAGAGAUUGCAAAAGUAGAAAAAGAAAAGGAAAGUGAGCCGGAUCGUAGAGUAACGCUACAAAACCUGAAAUCGUCUCUUGAAGCAGAUGUCCAGAAAUACCAGGCUUAUUUAGCCAGUAUGGAAUCUCAUCUAGCCCUCCUUGAUCAAAAGCUGGGAAGUCUUAAUGAUGAAGUGGAGACAGCAGAAACAGAAGUAGAAGCAACGAAGCAGGAGAAUGCCCGGCUCAGGCACAUCUUGGAUAACCAAAAGCACUCAGCUGUGGACAUUGAGAGAAUAAAACAUGAGAGAACAGAACUGCAGGAGACCAUUAACAAGCUGACCAAGGAACUGAAAGCAGAAGAACAUCAGCUGUGGAAUGAAGAGCUAAAGUAUGCUAGGCAUAAAGAGGCGAUUGAAACACAACUGGCAGAGUACCAUAAACUGGCUCGAAAGCUGAAAUUAAUUCCAUUAAGUGCUGAGAAUUCCAAGGGCCAUGACUUUGAGAUUAAGUUUAAUCCUGAGGCAGGACCAAAUUGCCUAGUGAAAUAUAGAACUCAGAUCAAGGUUCCCCUCAUGGAGAUCAUCAAUGAGACUGAGGAAGAAAUUCUUAAAGCUACUCAACGGAAAAUGUCUUUGGAAGAUACUUUGGAACAGGUGAUUGUGAUGCUAAAGGACAAGAAAUGCAGUGUGAAAAUGCUGACAGAAGAAGCUGAAGAGCUGGAUGAUCUUUACCAACAGAAGCUUAAGGAGAUAGAGGAGGAAGAGCAAAGAUGUGCAAAUGAACGGGAAUUAUUGAAGAAACACAAACAGUUACUUGAGAGUGGUGUCUAUGAAGGUCUCAGUGAAGCCACAAAUGAAUUGCAUGAAAUCCAACGACAAUAUCAAGUUGUUUUGCAAACAACAACAGAAGGGAAGAGAAAAAUAACUGCUGACUUGAGUCAUCUUAUGGAAACAGUUGCUACUCAUACAGCAUCUGUAAAGAAAUACCUUGGUGAACAGAAUGUGAAAAUACAGAGAGAAUAUGAAGAAUUCAUGUCUGAAGAUCUGUUGUCAGACUUGGCUACCAUCCUAGACUGUUAUACAAAGAAGGCUGAAAGUCUCUAAUCACUAGAAGGGGGAAGAUAAAAAUGUUGCACUUCUGAAGCUCUGGUAUAGACUUUUCCAAAAGGAUUUAGUUUAGUGCUGAAACUGGCUUCAAGUGGAAGGAAGUGUAGUUAUCAUUGUUUUGUUUUGUUGACACAAAUACAUUAAAGAAUUAAAAAAUAUAUUUGCACUUUCUUAAAAAAUGCUUUGCUCAGACUUUGUACUUUCCAUAGCACAUGUAUGCAUUUAGGGCACAUGCAUGACAGGGUUCACAUCCUUCCCCAAGCCUUAUUUUCCUAGCAAGACAAAAUGUAAAUGUCUGUUUCUUGCUUGUUCAGUUACCUGUGAAACUGCACAGAGACACCUCUUACAUGAGUAAAAAAUUAAAGCCUCUUUUGAAAA